GCCAUUCAUUUUUACACAGUUAGUCGCAAUCUGCUUCUUCUUCUUCAGAAACGCUCUGCAACUCACAGGUCAAUUUCCGGUCCUCCAUCUCCCAAUCCACCGCAUUCUCAGGGAUUCCAUGUCUUUCUCGGCCUCCUUCUCGGCUCCUUUCAAUGUCUGUUCGCAGACCGGAACAAGUUUCUGCGCUUCUCUUGCUUCCUGGCCUUCCAUGGCUGCUUCUUUGAUUCCAUCCCUCAAAACCUCGCUCGGCUCUUCCAAGUCGGCUUUUCUGCGCCAUAAUUUGCCUCUGCAGUCGUUGAAUUCUCGUUGCGUCUUCUCGAAAGCUCAAUUUUCUGGUGUUUCGGCCAGGGCGGCUACGGAUAAGAAUAUUUAUGACUUCACUGUUAAGGAUAUUGAUGGAAAAGAUGUUUCUCUGAGCAAGUUCAAAGGGAAGGUUCUAUUGAUAGUAAACGUUGCUUCUAGAUGUGGCUUGACAACUGCAAAUUACUCAGAACUGUCACACUUGUAUGAGAAGUAUAAAGCUCAAGGAUUGGAGAUUUUGGCUUUUCCUUGCAACCAAUUUGGAGGUCAAGAACCUGGGUCCAAUCCAGAAAUCAAGCAGUUUGCCUGCUCAAGGUUCAAAGCGGAGUUCCCAAUUUUUGACAAGGUCGAUGUCAAUGGUCCGAAUACUGCUCCAGUAUAUCAGUUUCUAAAAUCAAAUGCUGGAGGGUUUUUAGGCGAUCUUAUCAAGUGGAACUUUGAGAAAUUUUUGGUGGACAAAAAUGGUAAAGUUGUUGAGAGAUACCCUCCAACAACAUCACCUUUUCAAAUUGAGAAGGACAUCCAAAAGCUUGUUGCCGCGUAAAAUCUCGAGCGGGGAGAAAGUUUACAGCAGUUAAAAUCAUCAGAGGAAGAAAAGAGAAGAAGGAAUGUACAUAUGUUUACCGUUACAGAGGCUUAUCGACAUUGAAUUGUAUGGAUACCGUGUAUGAGUUAAACUUGUAUUUACUUGGUCUCUUGUCCUGUAAUUUUAACCAUAUCAUAUUUAUAAUGAUGUAGUUUGAGAUAUUACUUCUUGCGGGAUGUUGCCUUCUCGGAUGGCAAUGUCUGCAGCCCAAGAGCAAGGUAUUCAAUUUACGUGGACACGGUGAAA